GCACCAGCAGCACCAGCAGCAGCAGCAGCACCAGCAGCAGCAGCAGCAGCAGCAGCACCAACAGCAGCAGCACCAGCAGCACCAGCACCACCACCAGCAAUAGCAGCAGCAGGAUCGGCCCGGUCAGGAAAACUUCAGCUGACGGCGAAGGUCCCUUUGGCAAGCGGCUCGAUGCUUCCACCCGGUAGGCCAACGUCCAAACGCAACUCGGGCUCUAGCAGCAUCGAAGGCAGCAACGGCUGGCGGCCACCACCUACUACCACCACCACCCUUAAAAAGUGGUGGCCAUGGUGGUUGCUAUUGCCAGGAUGUUUCGCCUCGUGGACAAAGUAUGUCGAGGAGUACGACUCGAUCAGAGUCGCCAGAUGCGACGCACGCUGCGGGGAUAAUCAUCCGGAUGAGUGUAUAGAAAAUUGUUUAGCAUCGAAUUAUUCGAAACCUGGUUACUGUCCUGAUACUGCUUUUAUGUCACCCUUCGAAGCCGUUUGUUUGAUCGCUUGCGACAAUGAUUCACGUUGUCCAGAUUUGGCAAAGUGUUGUUCGCACGAUUGCGGAGUUACAUGUAUGCAUCCCGUCGGUUUAGACAACAGAACUGAUUUACCACCGAUCCCGCAAAAUCUACAGAUAAGACAACAAAAAAGUAAUCUCAUCCAUUUGAAUUGGCGAAACAUUGCUCAUGUUUAUCCAAAUGUAUCCGGUAACGGGGAUAUCAGAUAUUUAGUGGAGGAACGUCAUCUUAUUGGUCCACGUUAUUUAGAAUCAAGAUUAAGUUCAUGGACCGUCCGACAUGUUUCUACGAAACCUCACGCGACUCUUCGUGGUCGAUUGAAGACAGGCCAUUGGUAUCAAUUUCGUGUUGCAGCGAUCAAUGGAAACGGCUCGAAGGGUUACUCUCAACCAUCGAGACCUUUCAAGACAAAAGAGCCACGAAAUCCUAAAGAACCACAGAACCUGACCCUUUCAGGGGCACGUUUGGUCGGUGGAAAGUUGAGAAUCAAUCUUCGAUGGUUUAAACCCUCAUCGGACGUUCCUAUAACCUUUUACAAAGUUUUCUGGAGCAGACGCAUUCACAGUCCAACGAACGAUUCUGUACUCGUAUAUCACAGGACCGUUUUAAAGGAUAAAACUUGUUACGAGUUGAAGAACUUAGAACCAAAGUGUCAAUACUUUCUUCAAGUACAAGCGGUCGCGUUAUACGGUGGAAGACGUUUGGCUUCACGAAAGGCGUCGAAAGUUUUCAACGCAACGGAUUAUAUGGCCUUUGCCGACGUCGGAAGACGUUCUCGCAGGUGCGAAAGAUAUCAGGAAGGUCUUCACGUGAGAAGAAUGAUAUGUCAUUGUGGUGACGUUAAAGUACGAUUGGUAUGGACGAUUAAUCAAGAUGCAAAAAUGUAUAACAUCAGUUGGAAGGAAGAAUCAUGUACAACGUCGAUUUAUGAGGACAAUGUGGAUACGAAAAAGAGACUAUCGUGGAAAGCAAUUCAGACGCCCCAUUACGAUCUACGUAAUCUUAAACAAGAUUGCACGUACAGCGUGAACGUGAGAAAUUUAUAUAGCAAUGAUAAAAGGGAUGAGCAUGGUACGAGCAUAGAGUUCUUCGCUACGGGAUGCCAACAGGAUCGCGAUGAAAAAAGAUGGAAGUAUUCGAGUAACAAGGCUGCGCAAUGUAAAAAGAAAUCUUCCAAGAGUAAAAAAUAUUCUGAGGAUACUGAUUGACAUUGAAAUUAAUUGACAAAUUGAUUCAAUAUUUUUCAUUAGAAACGUUCGUUUUA